GUGCGUAUCUGUGCGUGUUGCGUAAGGCCUUCCCGCAGCUCCAUGGGUUUACUGGCAGGGAAACUGAGGUCGCUGCUGUACCCCGACUUCAUGGUUCCGGGUCAGUGCCCCCGCCCCCUUGGGCUGUCCACGGCCACGAGUGCUUUCACAGGGCUGUACCUUCCAUGGAUCCCAAGCCCCUCCCCGUCUGACAGAGAAGGAAACUGAGACCCAGAGAGGGGAGGGAUUGGCCCUGGGCUGCCUGGGCAGGGAGUUGUCAGAGGCGGAAUUCGAACCUGAGCCAGACCGUCCCCGGCCUUUUCUUUGUGCACCCCUGGAACCCUGCCUGAAGGGGCCCCAAGGUGCCCAUGAAGUCUGAGAAGGCCUGUGCCAUCAGCCUCAGUGAGCCACGGGACCCCAGGAGGUAGGUGCCUGGAUCCUCCAGGCUCAGAGCCACACAGCCAUCAGCAUCUGGCGCGGGGUUUGAACCCAGGUCUUCUGAUUCUCCCUUAGGCCCAAUUCUCUUUGUGGGCACUCCAUCCCCCAGGGCUGAUCUCCACCUGGGCACUUUGUGUUGUGUGACCCAGGAGCCGCUCCCUUCUCCCAGAGAGGAUACAGCCGAGGAGGAGCAGCUCGCCUAGAGAGGCACGCACUGAGAAGGACCUGGUGGGGAGGGAGCCAGCUUCAGAGUCAGGACGGUGAGGCUGCCGUCCUCCCUCUCACGCACGCCGGCUGCUGACCUGACGUCUCUUGGAGCAUGCACUUCAGAGCAGCCUUUGCUAAGGGCCAGCUGGUAAAAAAUGAAGGUUCUGUUGCUAAAAGAUCCUAAGGAUGAUGACUCGGGCCAGGAUCCCUAUAUUCAGGAAUUGGGGUCACGUGGAUUUGAAGCCACUUUGAUACCUGUUUUAUCCUUUGAGUUUUUGUCUCUGCAAAGUUUCUCCGAGAAGCUCUGUCAUCCGGAGGCUUACGGGGGACUCGUUUUCACCAGUCCCCGUGCCGUGGAAGCCAUGGAACUGUGCCUGGAAAGGGACAACAAGCAGGAAGUCUGGAAAAAGUCUCUGAAAGAAAAAUGGCACGUCAAGCCAGCGUAUGUGGUUGGCCAAGCCACCGCCUCCCUCGUGAGAAAAAUUGGCCUGGCUGCAGAAGGAGAAAAAUGUGGAAAUGGUGAGAAGCUUGCUGAAUACAUUUGUUCACCCAGGAGAGCAGAGCAGGGACCGUCUGUCGUCCGUCGGAAGAGGGAUGAGGCAGCUGGCUGGGUGACCUGCGUGACCCUCUGGGCCUCGGUUUCUUCACUUGCCAACGAGGGGAUUGGACUGGAUGAGUCUGGCGGAGAAAAGCCGGCGACUUUGCCCCUUCUCUUUCCUUGUGGGACCCUCAAAGGAGAAGCACUCCCCAAGAUGCUCCACCAAAAAGGCAUUCCACUGGAAAGCAUCACUGUUUACCAGAAGAUUCAGCAUCCUGGGAUACAGGACUCCCUGAAGAACUACUUCUCCUCGCAGGGCAUUCCAGCUAGUGUCACUUUCUUCAGUCCUUCUGGGCUCACAUGUGGCCUCAGCUACAUUCAGGAGUUAUCUGGCGACAGCUUUGACCAGAUUAAGUUUGCCGCCAUAGGUCCAACCACAGCCCGAGCCAUGGCCAACGUGGGAAUCCCUGUGAGCUGCACGGCGGAGAGGCCCUGCCCUCACGACUUGGCUGCCGGCCUCCAGAAGGUGCUGCGGCCAGAGAGCCCAUCCAGCUGUGGGGCUGCUUAGGUCUCCGUCCACAUUGGCUCCGUCCCGGGCCAGCUCGAGGGGACAGAUAGGCUCGGUCAGCACCCUCCAUCCCGCGGCUGGGAGCUGGGGGUGUGUUGGGCAGCGAGAGGAGGAAGGGGUCAUGGUGUCUUCUCAUUUUUGCCACCUAGCUCAGGAAUGGGCUGCACCGCUUCUGCCCCGCUCUGAAUUCGAGGGACAGGGAAAAGGGACGUGUGCGUGAAAUUCAGUAAAUACCUCGUUGGGAUACAGUGUCAGCAAACAUUUAUUAAUCCACCCAUCGCGUGGGCCAGGCAUGGUGCCCGGCGCUGGCGAUAGAGAGACAGUCUAAGACUGAAACGCACAGUGCCCAGAAUGUAGUCGGUGCUUAAUAAAUGCCUGUUGACUUGCUGAAGCA